AUGUCUAUAAUUGUAUUUAUUAUUUCAGUACACUGAUUCAUGGAGCCUGGACUGCGACUGAACAGCUGAAGUUCCCUGAAACUUUCAUGUUCGGGGCUGCUUCAGCUGCUUACCAAAUUGAAGGGGCAUGGAAUGUCAGUGACAAAGGUCUUAGUAUUUGGGACAAGCUCCUCCAUGAUCGUCCGGAGCUGGUGAUGGACCACACCAAUGGAGACGUGGCCUGUGACUCCUACCACUUGUGGAGAAGGGACAUUGAGAUGCUGCAGGAAUUAGGACUGAACAUGUACAGGUUUUCAAUAUCCUGGCCUCGUCUGCUUCCGACUGGGUUUCCGAACCACAUCAGCGAGGAUGGCAAGAACUACUACAACAACCUGAUCGAUGGUCUGCUGGAGAAGGGGAUACAACCUCUGGUUACCAUCUACCACUUUGAUCUUCCACAGUCUUUGCAAGACUUAGGUGGCUGGGCGAAUCCCUUAAUAGCAGACUGGUUUGCGGACUACGCGAAUGUGGUAUUUUCGCUAUAUGGUGACCGAGUGAAAUACUGGGUCACAAUCAAUGAGCCUAUGGGUUUAUGUGACGGGGGCUAUAGGCAGUUCUCAGCCCCUUAUUUUAAUGACACCUAUGUGGGGCAGAACCUGUGCAAUAAGAAUGCUAUGAUAGCCCAUGCUAAAGCCUACAGGAUCUACGAUGAGUUGUACCGGGAUAAAUAUCAUGGGAAGUUGUCUCUAUCAACUUUAUUCUUCUGGUUUAAGCCAGUCGAGCCAGAAGACCAAGAAGUGACGGAUUUGACCAUCGACCUUUGGGCAGGCAGAUACACCCACCCCAUCUUCUCCAAGGAGGGAGGAUGGCCACGCAAACUGGAGCAGCUACUGAAUGAAAUCGCCAAGAAACAGGGCUACCAUUACAUGCUACCACCAUUCACUCCCGAAGAAAUUGAGCUGGUUAGAGGAACAUAUGACUAUUAUGCUCUAAACCACUAUACAACGCGUCUGGUACGCCGGGCGAAGCCACGUGAGAAGGCAGGAUCAUGGUUCUUUGAUGGCUCACCAGAACUUAACGUGAUAUUCGAUAAGGAUCCUCGAUGGAGGACCACUGGAGUUGACUGGUUUGCUUUCUAUCCAGAAGGUCUUCGGGAACAGCUCCACUGGCUGAACACCACAUAUGACAUAAAGGAGAUUAUCAUCACUGAGAAUGGAAUACCAACCCUUGAUGAUGGACUUGUGGACAUCCUCAGGCUGACUACUAUAAGGAGUACUUGGAACAGAUCCUGCUGGCUAUCAAUGACGGUAUCAACGUGACUGGGUACGCCGCCUGGACGCUGAUGGACAACUUCGAAUGGAUGAGUGGAUAUUUCUCAAAAUUUGGCCUAUACGCCGUAGACUUCACGCAUCCUAAUCGAACUCGCACGCCCAAAGAGUCAGCGAGAUAUUAUUCCCAAGUGACAAGAACUAGGAUGGUACAUCCAGUUGUAGAUGAAACUAAAUUAAAUUAUGUUAAAUAA